AUGGAUAACAUGGCUUCUCUUCAACAGACUCUUAAUGCCUCUGGAGGCGCAGAAUCCGCAGGCUUCCUCAAUGACAUUAUCGCCCAGUUAUGGCCCAACAUCAACGUUGCAGGCGGCAAGAUCAUCAAGGAUUCGGUCGAGCCCAUUCUGGAGUCGAUGCUCCCUGGUCCUCUCUCCAACCUACGCUUUGUCAAGCUUGACUUUGGGCCAACGCCCCUCAGAAUGUCCAACGUUGAUGUUCACAAGACUGAAACCGAGGGCAUCAAGCUUGAUAUGGAUGUUGACUGGGAUGGCAAGUGUGACUUCGAACUGGAUGGCAGCAUGGUGCCCAAGAUCGGCAUAGAACACGUCAAGAUGAGGGGAAGGCUCUCCAUCUUGCUUGGUCCGUUGACAAAUGUCAUCCCAUUGAUCGGAGCCGCUCAGGUGGCUUUUAUCAACCCGCCUCACCUUGAACUUGACUUCACUGACGCCGCCAACAUCGCUGACUUCUCCAUCAUCGACAAGACCGUGCGAAAGGUCAUCCAAGACAUCCUUGCUUCCAUGGCGGUCCUCCCCAACCGCUUUCUCGUCAAGCUCGACUCGUCCAAUGACUACUUCAGGACCUUCCAGCCUCAUCAUGGUGUUCUUCGUCUGACUGUUGCCUCAGCUACCGAGAUUACAGGCGAAAAGAAAAGCGGUGCCAAGAGACUACUCCAAAAGCUCGUCAAAGAUAUUCCUGACUGCUACUGCACCGUCAAUGUUGGCGCAGAAGGAGAGUGGCGCACUUCGACAGUCAAGAACAAGCACGACCCGGAGUGGAACGAGACUCACGACUUUCUCGUCACUGACUACGAGCAGAACAUCACUAUCGAUGUGAACGAUGAGGACCUUGGCGGUGACGAUGAUAUCGGCAUUGCUACUACAACCGUCAAGCAACUUCUUUUGUCUGGUGGCUCUCAAGAACUCGCACUCUCUCACAAGGGCCAGCCUACUGAGACUAAGGUGACCAUCCAAGGAAAGUUCUUCAACUUUGUUGGCGAGUCCAACAGCAUUGCAGCCAGACAAAGUGCGCACGAGGGAGCAAUCUGCGGUCUUGCGACCGUGCUGAUCGCUGGUGUCAGUGGAUUGAAUGGCCAACGUGAUGAGCUCAACCCGAGCGUCAAGGUUACGUGGGGUGACAAGGAGUUCACCACGGCAGCCAAGACCUACAGCCCAGGAACAGACAUCUUCAACCCUUCUUUCGACACGGCUUUCCGCUUCCCCAUCACAGCGGAGCAAAUUUCUAACCCACAGAGCUUCCGACUCACGCUAAGGAAUGGGGCGAACGAUCAGGGCUCAUUUGAGAUUCCAUUCCAGACCGUAUCUGGUGCUGAGGGUAUGGUUCGUGAGGAACAGUUUGAUGUUGGAAAUGGCGUGGCCGUCAGGGCUCGUAUUGCUCUUCGCGGAUUGCAGUUGGCUGAGUAA